AUGACGGUGGAAGAUAUACAUGAUGUUCAUGGCUUUAAAGGAUCCGAAGGCUAUGUCGCCGACAUCGAAGGUGCCUCACGAGACAACCUGAAGACUGCCAAAGAUGGACAUACGGUCUUGAUCCCACAGCCAUCUGAUUCUUCUUUGGACACGUUGAACUGGAGUCAGACCAGAAAGCAUGUCAUCCUGAUCAUCAUCAGUCUUGCUUCGUUCCUCCCAGAUUAUGGAAGUGCCACAGGUGCUGUGACUCUACUCCCUCAAGCAGCCCAAUGGAAGAUAUCCCCAGAUACGGUCAACCAUUCUCAAGUUGGCAACGUCUUCAUGCUCGGAGCCGGAGGCGUGGUGGCAGUCGUUCUGUCAGCAUGGGCGGGCCGUCUUCCAGUGCUCUUUUAUUUCCUGAUCUUCUCCACUGCUACAGCAGCAUGGUGCGCAGCUGCAACAACCUUCGAGUCAUUCAUGGCAGCUCGUAUCUUGAAUGGCUUCUUCAGCACCGUAGCCCAGGGUGGUGGCCUGAUGUUCAUAUUCGACAUGUUUUUCUUUCACGAGAGAGCUCGCAAGAUCAAUAUCUGGGCAGCUUUCAUUAUCUUGUCACCAUACAUGGGACCGCUGCUUACGGCAUUCGUCAUCACUACUAAGAAAUGGCCUAUCGCGUUUUGGGUCUUCUUCACAAUGAACGCUCUCGUCCUGGUCUUGACGGUCUUGUUCGUCAGAGAAACUUACUACGAUCGAUCCAUUGCCCCUGCCGACCAGCCUCCCAAAGGCACACGUCUCGCACAGCUGAUUGGGUUAUCUCAAUAUCGUUCUCGCCACCUCCGAAACAGUCUUCCACAAGCCUGUAUGCGCACCAUUCGUGUACUCAUCAAGCCGACCGUACUUCUAUCAGUCGUAUAUUACUGCCUGACCUUCGCUUGGGUAGUAGGUAUCAACACAACCCUCGCCAUAUUCCUGACACCCCUGUACAACUUUGGCCCAAAGCAGAUUGGCUUCUUCUACUUCACCCCAAUUGUUGCCGCAAUCCUCGGUGAAGUCUGUGGUCACUGGCUUCACGAUGGAAUAGCAAAGCGCUAUAUCAAGAAGAACAACGGACACUUUGAGCCAGAAGUCCGACUCAGAACCAUUUGGCUUAGCACACCGUUCAUGAUCGCUGGUCUAGUCGGUCUGGGCUUUGCUCUUGAAGACGCUUAUCAUUAUAUGCUGACAUCGCUGUUUUGGGGAUUGUAUGUGUUUGGUAUCAUGAUCACCACUGUUGCCCUUGUAGCCUACAAUCUCGACAGCUAUCCUGAAGCCUCCGGGGAAGUUUCUGCAUUGAUCAAUUUUGCUAGAACGACUGGUGGAUUCAUUAUCAGCUACUUCCAAGUCACAUGGGCGCAGUCCACGGGCACCAAGGUCAGCUUUGGCACUCAAGCUGGUAUCUGUGUGGGUGCUUUUGUGAUUAUUGUUGCUCUUCAGCUGUGUGGAAAGAAUUUGAGAGCUAAGAGCGGUGGUUUGAACUUCUCUACUGCUUGA